AUGCGGAAUCGGACUCCUGGCGCGGAGGCCAUCGCCGCGGUGCCGCCCAGGCCGAUCAGGGGGGUGGAGGACGGGAUUGGCUACGAGGAUGCCUGCAUGUUGGCGAUCGAUCUCCUGAGCGGCGCCUGUGAUGUGUUGUUGGACCGCGAUGGGGGUUUGUUAACUCCCCAUUCCCCCGGCGAGGACGAGGCCAACCGCCGGCUGGGGCUUCUUCAACACGCCUUUACCUGCUCUCCCCCCGACGGCGACGUCGGCUCGCAAUGCCUUCGGAUCCUCCAAAAAUCCCUCGGGGAGCGGGUCGGCCCGGGCGCCUUUGACCGCCACGCGGGAACGCACCUUCACCGGGCCGCCGACCACACGGGGGAUCUACGGCGGGCGUGUUUUGCGCUUUUGUACGAUUGUAUCUACAUUUAUUCCCCCAUUUCCCCGACCCUCGCGGCGACGUUGUUGGAGUGGACGUUGCGCGAGUUAAUCGACGCCGUCCGGGGGGAUUUCCUCGCCGACGCUGCCGCCGGGAACGCGCUUUUAUGCCUGUCCGAGGUUCUUUACGUGUCGGAUAUGGAAGGGGAGGUCGACUUCCCGCCGCGAGUUCUCGCGGGGUGUGUGGAGCUUCGGAGAUUUCUCUUCACCGCGAACCGCCCUAGCGCCCCUGGGGAGUAUUCCUUGCGGCUCAACAUGCUCAAUGCGUUGGCCCUGUUGACCAGUUUUCAAUUUUCCUUUGGGGAUUCUCCCGAUUCGUCCGUUUACUUUGAGGAAAGUGGGGCCACCAUCGGGGCAGUCGCCGCGGGGUUGGGGGAUUUUCUCCCAACAUCGCCCGCGGCGUCGGGAAAAGGAUUUGAGUGCGUGGCGGUGUUGUGGGGGCUCGGUAGGAUUAUUCGAAAUUAUUUAGUAAAUUGUGGGAUAGAUGGGGGAUCGACCUCGUCCUUGGUGUGCUCGGUGUUGGCCUCGACAGAUGGGGCGGGGAUUGCGUUGGAUGGCAUUAUAACGGGCUGCGUUGCCACUGCGCGAUUUGCGCAAUUGAUUGGUUGUGAGCCCCCUUUAUCCACCCCGCUCGAGUCGCUUUUUGCGCAGUGGCGACCGAUUACGAUCUGGGUGAUACAAGCCUUUCCGGAAAAGGUGGGCUCAAGGGGCGGAUCGGUCGCGAUGUUGGAAUCAUUUUUACUUAGAAUCCAAGGCGAACCAAACUAA